GUCGACAUCCCCGUUGACAACGAUGCCGCCUUUCGCAAAAUACCCGAAAAACCCACCAAAGGGGCUGCUAUGCAUCGAAAUGGAAAUCUCGAAUUCCUGAUGGACAAAUUCACUAGAGGAUUCGACCCAAGCACGUUCAAGACUGAGCUCAUGGCAGAGAUUCCGGAGCUGACCAGAAACGCACUCCCCGGAUCCUACGAGCACUUCUUCGUGAUCAUUCUGGAGAAUUACGACAAUAUGGAGAAGGCUCAGCAGGAGCUGCAGGAAUGGCUCUGCAAGCGUUACCCGAAGGCCACAAUCACUCCCUACAUCGCUACCAACAAGAUGGAGGAGGGUUACUUUUUGGAUGAGCUCGAGAUGCUGAGAAAGCUGUUAGAGCCCUUGCGUGGGAACCAGAGAAAGCCAAUCUUCUGGAUCAACAGCAGACAUAUGCAUUGUGACAGGGUCUGCGAGCAACUCGAAGCAUCUGUGACGGUUAUAGAGGAGUUCAAACGAGACGUUUUGGCAGCACUUGAGAAGGAUAGAGAAGAUAAGACCUGUUACACUGCCCUGCCCGUAUCCAAUCCCCGCACCUCAAUCGUGAGUAUGAAAGAAAUUCGGAUCGAGGCCUGCAGAGCGACACUCAACUGGGAUGGAUUUGUUCAAGCUGAAAUCGAGCUGAGCAGGUUCUAUCAGUACUACAAGAACGAUGUCAUCCAAAAUCGGCCAACGAAAGCGCGUGAAGAGGGUUGGCUUCCACCGUUUGCAACCGAGGUACCUCGUUCAUCUUCAGAAAUGGCGAGAGAAGGCGACCUUGUGGUUUGGCCAGCUCACGGAAAUAACAAAAAGCUUUUCAAUCUGCUACUCAAGACUGCAAUGUGGCUGAGCGUGGCACGAGGACUGGCUGCGGUUCACCUCUUCUGCGAUAUCGCCAGACAUUUUACAGCCCGUGAGCCCUCCGGGGUCGCCAGUGAAGAUUAUAUCCGUUUCUUGAGUUAUCUGGUCCAUGUCAGAGCCACCGAUAGAGUGAACUCCAACCUCAGCACCCCGUUUCCUUACAACGAUAAGACCCUGACCGGCGGGAAUCCUGACUACUUCGAUGACGUGUGGAGAACAAACCGCACUUUGACGGCCAAACUGACUGACCACCCAUCUCUUCUUGAGAAGAAGAACCCGGCACCUCCUUUCAUCCUGUCUCGG